AGUCUGAGUGCCAUCGGUCGCGCAAGGCAGGCAGCCUAAAGCUAAGCGCAGCGGACAUGUUGUUUCACUGCUGAGUAAACUUUAGCCGAGUAAAGUUGGGUACCGCCGUUGAAUUUACCAUCGAAGCAAACUUUUCGUUUGGUGAAAAGGAGUCAAAGAAGAGUCUACUGGAUUAAGAUAAGCUGCACAGAUUUUACCUGAAGGAAACACAUUGGUCCAGUUAGUGUGGUAUACUCAUACUACCAGUUCGACCAGUCAUAAGAAGAACCAUCGCAGCGAUGGGUUACCAGUGCGUACUGGUACUCACGCUGUCGCUGCUGGCGAUCAGCGUGAGCUUAGCGAAUCCCGCCAACGACAAGGCAGCUGCCAGUACGAGUGCACUGCCAAAAGCGCAGGAUCCCCUAUUCAGCAAAAUGUUGGCUGAAAAGUCGUCCGACAUUCCGAUGGCACAGAACCCCGUGUUCAACAAGAUGCUUCCCGAGGUGGAUUCGAAAGAGAAUCUCAUCGACGACGAGGUGCCACCGCCAAAAAAGGCGGCUGAUCUAAACCCCAAAUAUGCACAGCAUGCUCUAAAGCAAGGUGCUACGGAGCAAGCUAUCAAAGCUGAAUCUACAACCAUCGGAAUUGUUGCAGUUAACAAGGACGAUAACAAAGAAAGCUUGAUUGAUGAUGCUAGCUACGAAGAUGAAGAUGAUCUUCUCCCGAACGAGGACACUAAGAAAAUGGAUGAAACCUUAGCACAAACCGAAAGUGUUUCGAUUGUUGAAGAAACUGAACCACCCGAAAAUCUACCACAGGUCGAAGAUCUGUCAGAUAUCAAAUUUGCUAAACCACAGCUGACGGAGACCACGCAGCAAGAGGUCGUCAUACCAAAAAAACCUAAGACCACCACUAGUACGGCAAAGGCUUCAGAUUACAGCAGCACAUCUGCACCUGAAGACGAAUACUAUAACGAUGACGAUGAGGAUAGUGAUGAGCUUGAUGACGAAAAAAUCGAUCCUCUCGCGGUUCCAAAAAUGCUUGCUAAGUUCACUCCGUCAUCCACUAAAGCGCCGAAAACGUCCACUCCCGUGAAGACAUCUGCAAAGACUUCGUCCACAGCUGCCAAGGCAACUACUACCGAUAACGAGAUCUUGGACGAGAUCGAUGACGACGAUGAGGACUAUCAGUACGAGGAUGAUGUUGAUGACGGCGAUGAAAAGAUUGACUUUGAUGCUGUAGACAAGCUGCUGGCACAGAAAAAGCAGAAACAGAAGGAGGCAACCACGGCUAGUUCUUCUACAAGCAAGAAAACCGACAGCAAAAAUGCUAACCAAAACUACCCCGAAGACUAUUAUGACGAAGACGACGAGGAUGAUGACGACGAUUACAAUCUGGAGGAACAGGUUCACCUUUGUCCCCGGGACUGUAUCUGCGAGCGUAACAUGCACGCCUACCUGGUAGCCACCUGCAGCAGGCUGGAUAUGGACACACAAAAAUUCUCGCCCUCAAUUACCGAUUUGCAGGUGCUAGACGUCGGUCCUAAAUACCCGAUCGUGCUGAGUGCAGAAUUUUUCAAACAAAUUGGUCUUUCCCACGUGGUCUCGAUUAAGAUCAGCAAUUGUACCAUCGAAUACAUCAGCCCAUCCGCGUUCGCCGGAUUGGAUGACCUGUAUUCCGUAAACCUCACCAACUCUGGAAUUGACAUGCUGCAUCCGGAUACUUUCGCUAAUAAUACCAAGUUGCGCCUUCUUACGCUGUCUGGUAACGAUCUGAGCGCCAUGCAAAGCGUCAAUUAUAAUACCCCAUACACCGAGUACAUGCUAAAAGCCCCGUCUAUCGAGGAAUUGGAUAUUUCCAAAUGUAACCUUCAAGCCUUGCAACCAACUGCCUUCAAUGAGCUUAAAAACAUCAUCUACAUUAAUCUGGCCGACAAUCAACUAAAAACAUUGCCAGAAGGUAUCUUUGAUAAGGUUGAGACUAUCGAAGAGUUAGAUCUUUCCACUAACAGUAUCGCCGAGCUGCCAAAGAACAUCUUCAACCGGACGUCUCUAGCUAUCCUUCAUCUCAAGUACAACAUGAUUAGCAAUAAUCUAGACUUUGUGACAGCCGAUCUACAGAAACUUGACCUCAGCUAUUGUCAGAUUCGUAACAUAAAUGGUCAGAUGUUCAAAGGCAUGGAAGGACUAACCAACCUGAUCUUGAAGGGCAACCGCAUCAAGAAGAUCAACCAGAUUGCUUUCACUUCGCUGAAAAGCCUUCGGCAGAUCGAUUUGUCUCAAAACUAUUUGGAGCAAAUCUCUGCGCUGACCUUCCUGGGCAACAAAGAUCUUGAUAUCAUUAAGUUGAAUGACAAUCAUCGACUAAAGCAGCUGCCAGCUGAAGGUUUCCAGAGCUCAUGGGGCACCUUUAAUACUUACUUCCUGGAUGUGUCCAAUUGUGACAUUUCCGAGCUGGCAGACAACACAUUCAAAACGAUGCCACAAUUGACUCGAUUGAAUCUGGCCUGGAAUAACCUGCAAACCGUUGGGCCGGCGGUAUUAAGUGCUUUGGAUAAACUGAUGGAACUUGACCUGAGCAACAAUCUAAUCACAGAUUUGAAUGAACAAACUUUCCUGCACAAUAGGAACUUGAACAAGCUUAACCUUUCCGGUAAUCAAAUCACGCGCCUCUCGGCCAAGGUGUUCCUGCCGCUGCAAUACCUGAACCACCUGGAUGUUAGCGAUUGUGACUUGCGCACGAUAUGGGAGAAUUCCGCCCCGAACACCAAAAACUCGAAGGUCCUGCCGAAUUUGAAGAUGCUGAAUGUAUCGCACAAUGAGAUUUCCAGCGUGUUCGUUUCGGAUCUCGAAUACCUGACUAGCCUGCGCGUACUGGACAUCAAAAACAAUUCGUUGAAAUGCAAUCCGCACUUCAAGUCGCUCAUCAAAUGGUUGGGAGUGAAAAAGAUAUCGCUGGGUGACUCUAGUAAAGAACAGCGCACUCAUGCCGAACUGAAUGCCUACAUUACGGACAACUCCGCGCCUCUGGUAGAGUGGAGCCAAUUCGCGCAGGAAAUUUGCCAGACUAUCAAAAACGGCGAAGACUCUCCGGUUGUCAUCAAGGAUACCGAACUAGAUGAUGAUGACGACGAUGACAUCGAAGAAGACGAAUCGGAAGAUGAUGACGACUACUCCGACGAGCAAAAUACCAAGAAAGAGGAUGUGGUGGACAGCAAGGAUGAACCAGAUCAGUACUAUGACGAGGAGGAUGACAUUGACGAUGAGGAGAACAUCAUAAACGCCGCCAAUGGAAUACAGAAGAUUGAGGAAGCAAUCCUUGGUAAUUCCAAACCCGUCGAGACACUGGAAGACCAAGUUAGCGGUUUGGACAACGAAAGACUGUUGCAACUUGGUCUCAUCUGGUUGCCGAUCAUCUGCAUAGCCCUGGGAAUCUUCAUGAUAAUUAUAGCCAUCAGCAGGAUUUUCGCAAUUUUGAUGCGAAAACGAGGAGAACGCUAUCGCCAGGCUUUACUAGCUUCUAAAAACUCGAUUGUAUACCAGAAGCUUACGGAAGACAUUACACCCAAGACACCCAAGGUGCAUCGAUACGCUCCAAUUCAGCAGGUCUAGAAAAUGAGCUUCUUCACCUUCAUCGGCACCACUACUACUUAAAAACAAACAAAGUUAAUGCUUCCAACAGAGAUCAUCAACCUUAAUUGUAACUGGGAUGAUCACCUUCCAAGAGCAGCUUAAAGAUUUCCAGUCCUUCCAAAACUACAGUCAGCAAUUUACGAUUUUUUUUUUUUGUAACAAAUUAAACUAGUAGUAAGAUCAGCAAAGUACUUAUAGCGAAAGGCAGAAAGAAAGAGAGUAAAAGAUACGCAGUAGCGAUUAAAAUAUUUAUUAAGUUUCCCUUCCUGCGAAGCCUUCAAUAUUUUACAAAAAAGCAAUUGAUUUGAACUGAACCCUUUUAUACGAGCAAUCACAAAGUAGCGAGUAUUCACAAUGUAUUUUUCUGUUAGUUAAACAUUCCGUUUUACGCCGAGCUGUUUGAACGAUUUCUUUUUACUUUAUUCCAAUUGCAUUUUCCUUCACUGCACCAAUGUAUAACCAUUACAAAAAAUAGCUCAGUGUCAGAUAUUUAUGCUCACGCAGCGCACUGCAACAUCUAAGGCGAAGCAAUAAAUCACCAACCAGAAAUCACAAGAAGACAGCAAACUCAAUUAGCAAUACUAGUAUAGACUUCCACCAUGUGCCAUUAGAUGAAAAAGAAACAUCCAAGCAAAAUCAGCAAAGCAAAACAAAAAACAUACACAUAAACACACAUACACACAAUGGCCAACGAAAUAAACAAAAUUUUAUCUACAGACUGGGAACAAAUGGUGAAUCAGUUUAGGUAUGCGUAGAGUAGAAGGACUUAUGAUAACAUAACCGAAAAUUGCAGUAUAUUAUUUUUUCUUUAAAUUAUUGUGAAACAUUUUUACAACUUAUUACAAUUUGUCGUUUGGUUUGAUGAAAUAAAGCGGUUUUAUCAAACACAA